AUGGUCUUCUCGAAGCUCAAGGGCGGGAAGCCCAACCAGGAGGCGACGGCCCAUGCUCAAGAGGAAGCUCCCCAGUUCGAGCAUGUCACCUGGUACCAGGACGCAGGUCUGCGCAAGCUGUAUUGGCACGCCUUUAUUCUGUGCGUCGGCUCGGCCAGUACCGGUUACGAUGGCAUGUUCUUCAACUCGGUGCAGAACUUCGACUCGUGGAAGGAUUACUUCGACCAUCCUACCGACCACCUCCUCGGGCUUCUUGCCGCGCUCUACCAAAUUGGCAGCUUGGGAUCCAUCCCCAUUGUCCCCUAUUUCACCGACCACUGGGGCCGACGACUGCCCAUCGUCAUCGGCGGCGUGAUCACCAUUGCAGGCGCUCUGCUACAGGGCUGCUGCCAGAACAUGGGCGGCUUCAUGGGCGGCCGCGUGCUGCUCGGCUUCGGCAACUCGUUCUCUCAGAUGGCAUCGCCUAUGCUGUUAACAGAAAUCGCCCACCCGCAACACAGGGCGAGACUUACUACCGUAUAUAACUGUCUUUGGAAUGUGGGAAGUUUGACUGUCGCUUGGGUAUGCUUUGGGACCGACUUCUUGAACAACCAAUGGUCCUGGCGUAUCCCUGCCAUCCUUCAAGCCCUUCCUUCAGUCGUCCAAAUUGUCGGAGUGUACUGGGUGCCCGAGUCCCCGAGAUACCUGAUCGCCAACGACAGACUUGACGAGGCACUUACGAUCCUCGCCAAGUACCAUGCCAAUGGGGAUGCGGAUCACCCCACUGUCAAGUUCGAGUACCGCGAGAUCAGGGACACGAUCAGAAUGGAGCAGGUCGCGAAGGAGCACAGCAGCUAUCUCGACUUCUUCCGGACCCCCGGCAACCGGUACAGACUGAUUAUCCUGAUCUCUUUGGGUAUUUUCUCGCAGUGGUCCGGAAACGCCAUCAUCUCCAACUACACCAACAUCCUGUAUGAUAACGCUGGGAUCACGAACUCGACGGCUAAGCUGGGCGUGAGUGCUAGCCCCCUUCUGAACCCCGUUACUUUUACUCUUACUGACAAAGUCGGUCUCCCCCAAAAGCUCUCUGCCGGAUCUUCGAUGGUGUCGCUCAUCGUUUCCAUAUCGUUUGCCCUCAUGGUUGACAAGUUCGGCCGCCGUCCGAUUUUCCUCGCCUCGACGGGAGGCAUGUUCGGCACCUUCAUCUUCUGGACCUUGACCUGCGCGCUGUACGAAGAGUACGGGUCCCCCGGUUCGAACCACGCCAUGAUCUUCUUCAUCUGGGUCUUCAACGUCGCCUACGCCAUCGCGUGGUCCGGCCUGCUGAUCGGAUACGCCGUGGAAAUCCUCCCGUACCAGCUGCGAGCCAAGGGUCUCAUGAUCCUCAACAUUGCCAUCCAGUCGGCGCUCACACUGAACAACUACGCCAACCCCGUGGCUCUGAAGUUCUUUGAAGGGGAGACGUGGAAGCUGUACCUCAUCUACACCUGCUGGAUCUUCCUGGAGCUUUGCUUCGUUUUCUUCAAAUACGUCGAGACCAAGGGGCCGACCUUGGAGGAGCUUGUCAAGGUUAUCGACGGUCCGGACGCCAACGUCGCCCAGCUCGACAUCCAGCAGAUCGAGAAGGAGGACCAGAUGAACGCCAACCGCGACAGCGAGACUGCCGAGGGCGUCAACACUGUCGACUACACUGCUGACAGCAAGGGAGCUCAGCGGAUUUGA